AUGAAAGAAGAAAAAUCUACAAAAAAUCGAGAAAAAUCAGGACAAUCAACACAAAAAGGUGGUAAUAAUUCAAGUCGAUAUUUUAAUUUUUUGGAUAGAAGCCAUUCAGUUUUUCAAAAACCAACUUAUUAUAAUGAUUUGAUUGGUAUUCAUCCCUGGUUACGUCGUCCAUUAUCACGUCAUUCUGGUAUUCCAUUUCCAGCAAUAAGUGGAACACCUGUUUCACCACGUUUCGAUGAAUUAGCACAACCAAAACUUAGACAUCAAAACCAUAUUCGACAAGAAUUUUUUGAUAAUGAAAAGAAUUAUUCAUAUAGUGGUGUUAGUUCUGGAGCGUUAACAGCUGAUUGUUCGCCAACUAUAUCUGAACUUGCAAGACCAAAAGGAACAGGAUCUCGUAAGAGAAGUGCUUCCCAACCUCCACCACAUUCGUCAGGAAAUGAUGGUCGUGCUCAACCUGCCAAUACGAAUGGAUCGGCUAAACAAAAAAAGAAAUAA